UGAACACCAAUCGCCACACACAUCCAUCCAUCCGUCUCCAUCGAUCAAGAAGCAAACAAGGUUCCACCAACUUGCUAGGUCACCAAUGACCUCGUCAUCCUCCUUCCUGCUCGUGGUGGUGGUGUUGGCAGCACUGUUUGCCGUCAGCUCGUGUGACAACCCCCCGGCCAUCACCUUCACGAUCGGUAAGGACUCCAGCUCCACCAAACUAUCCUUUGCCACCGACGUCGCCAUCUCCGAGGUGGCGGUCAAGCAGAAUGGCGCCGAGAAUUGGUCUGACAACCUCAAGGAGUCGCCCGUCAAGACCUUUACCCUCGACAGCAAGGAUCCGAUCAAGGGACCUAUCACCAUCCGCUUCGCUGAUAAGGAUGGUGGCUACCAUGUUCUUGUUGAUAUCAUCCCUGCCGACUUUAAGGCUGGCUCAGUUUAUAAGGCUUUGUCCUACGUCUAAAAUAAGCUUGUAAGAGAGAUCAAGGGUACAAAACCAGCAAGCCAAAAAUUCAUUUUCAAUACAAGAUAUGUCUCAGUUUAUGAUGUUUAUCGCAUUUUAUCUAAAAAAAUGAUGUUUAUCGCAUGACAUCUGAUCAAAAAGGUCACUAAAUCGAUUAAUUUAUGACGUUUGUUUCAGAACCAUUGAAACUUAGUGAUAUAAUUAAAUGUAAUUCCCAAAAAUUGUCUUAAAGGUAAUCAAAUUUCUUAUUGUGACAA